ACACCUGAAAGCCAUACAAUUCGUUACAAUUCAAACAAACAACAAAUCGACUCUGUUCCCAAACAAAAAUCAACAUUUAUUUGAAGUUCUAAAAAUUAGUUUCCUACCAUGGCUGAUCGCCAAAAACGAGAAGUUACCUUAUUGAAGGGCCAUUCCGCGGACUAUGAGUGUAGCCAAGCAUUGCGUCAGAAUAAUUUGAAUCCCAUUUACAUACCGCCAUCGCAAGUUGUUAUGAAGAACCUGGAUGUGUUGAAGGCCAAACUUGAGGAGCCGCACAGAUAUGCCGGAAUCAUCUUUUCCGGAACGCGCAGUGUCCAGGCCGUGUACCAAGCAUUGGGCAAUGGUAUGAUGCCUAGUUGUUGGCGUGCCCUGCAUAACUAUGCCUUGGGCGGGAAUACCCAUAGCAGUGCAUACAUGAGUCUUCGGAACUUGCCGACUCUUGGGGAUCGUGCGGUGAGUGCCCACAAUCUAUGUGAUCUGAUUGUGGAAACCAUUGGACCGAAGAGGGAUUUGCCACUGCUACUGCCCUGCGGGAAUGAGGCUAGUAAUACUCUGCGUGUUCGACUGGUGGCACAGGGAUUUCGUGUGGAUGCCUGUGAGGUGUACGAAAAUCAAAUCCAUCCGAAUUUUAAAGACGAUAUGAAAAAGGCCCUCAAGUCCAAGCACCUGGAGACAAUAGUCUUCUACAGUCUGGCUAGCGUGAAGAGUGCCUUGGAGUUUUUCGGCAAAUAUAAGGUUUCUGUUAGCGACCGAAAACUGAUUGCUGUUGGGGCCGCUGCUCAAAAGGCCAUGAUGGAGGCAAAACUUCCUGUGAGCGCUGUGGUGGAUUCCAAUAGCGUGGAUCAGUUGAUCAAUGCCAUCAAACACUAAUUUAUAUGUGAAACUGUUAGCACAUUUUAUAUAAAUUUUUAAUUUUUUAAUUGUUUUCCUGGUAUAUGUACAAGCAUACUCGAAAUUUUGUUGAUGUAUUUCAGCGUAAAUUAUA